CGCGCAGCUUUGCAGCCUUUGAGCUCGAGCGUGAGCGGAUGUCCAGAUCCAACAGGCCCAUGUCUGAAAAGCCAGACGUACGGUGACAUUAGACCAGAAAGUCACACGGGGUUUGUUUAAGACGAGGGAAAGCCUCCUGAGAUUAAGAUGGAGUGUGAGUGGAAACCAGACCAACAAGGACUUGAGCAGAUUCUCCAGCUUCUAAAGGAGUCCCAGUCUCCUGACACGUCCAUGCAGAGAUCCGUCCAGCAAAGAUUAGAACAACUGAACCAGUAUCCAGACUUCAACAACUAUUUAAUAUUUGUCCUGACAAAGUUGAAAACAGAAGAUGAACCUACACGUUCUCUCAGUGGACUUAUUCUAAAAAACAAUGUAAAAGCUCAUUAUCAGAAUUUUCCCAAUGGUGUAUCUGAUUUUAUCAAAAGUGAAUGUCUACAAAACAUUGGUGACUCAUCUCCCCUCAUCAGGGCCACUGUAGGUAUCCUUAUCACCACUAUUGCCUCUAAGGGUGAGCUCCAAAACUGGCCAGAACUUCUCCCCAAACUCUGCUUGCUUUUGGAUUCUGAGGACUAUAAUACAUGUGAGGGAGCAUUUGGAGCCCUACAGAAAAUCUGUGAAGACUCUGCCGAGAUCCUAGACAGUGAUAUGCUUGAUCGGCCGCUUAAUAUUUUGAUUCCAAAGUUUCUGCAAUUCUUCAGGCACAACAGUCCUAAAAUUAGGUCUCAUGCUAUUGCCUGUGUAAAUCAGUUCAUUAUCUGCAGAACGCAGGCCCUUAUGCUGCAUAUUGAUCCUUUCAUUGAGAAUCUGUUUGCACUAGCAGCAGACGAGGAGCCAGAAGUGAGAAAAAAUGUUUGUAGAGCUCUUGUAAUGUUAUUAGAGGUUCGCCUUGACCGACUUCUUCCACACAUGCACAGCAUAAUUGAGUACAUGCUACAGAGGACCCAAGAUCCAGAUGAAAAUGUAGCCUUGGAGGCAUGUGAAUUCUGGUUAACCCUAGCAGAGCAGCCAGUGUGCAAAGAUGUACUUUGUGGACACCUCUCUCAACUUACUCCGGUGCUUGUGAAUGGGAUGAAGUACUCUGAGAUUGACAUUAUCUUACUCAAGGGAGACCUAGAGGAAGAUGAGGCAAUACCUGACAAUGAGCAGGACAUUAGACCACGCUUUCACCGCUCACGCACAGUGGCCCAGCGUCAUGAGGGCGAGAGCAUUGAGGAUGAGGAGGAUGAUGAAGAUGAACUCGAUGACACCAUCUCAGACUGGAACCUGCGUAAAUGUUCAGCCGCAGCCUUGGAUGUUUUGGCCAAUGUGUUCAGGGAAGAGCUUUUGGUGCACCUUCUGCCUCUACUCAAGGAACUUCUUUUCCACUCAGACUGGGUAGUCAAAGAGUCUGGUAUUUUAGUUCUGGGUGCUAUAGCUGAAGGUUGUAUGCAGGGCAUGAUUCCAUAUUUGCCUGAGCUUAUACCUCACCUCAUCCAGUUUCUGUCUGACAAGAAGGCUUUAGUGCGGUCUAUCACCUGUUGGACGCUCAGCCGCUAUGCUCACUGGGUUGUAAGCCAACCUCCAGAUACUUACCUAAAGCCUCUGAUGACAGAGCUUCUUCAAAGAAUUCUAGACAGCAACAAGCGUGUUCAGGAGGCUGCUUGUAGUGCCUUUGCAACAUUGGAAGAGGAGGCAUGCACAGAAUUAGUACCUUACUUGGCAUUCAUCUUGGACACAUUAGUGUUUGCCUUCAGCAAAUACCAACAUAAGAAUCUGCUUAUACUUUAUGAUGCCAUAGGAACGCUCGCUGAUUCAGUGGGUCACCAUCUCAAUAAACAGGAAUACAUUCAAAUGCUGAUGCCUCCAUUGAUACAGAAGUGGAACCAGCUUAAAGAUGAAGACAAAGAUCUUUUUCCAUUACUAGAAUGUUUGUCCUCCAUUGCCACUGCCCUUCAGAGUGGUUUCCUGCCAUACUGUGAGCCUGUAUACCAACGUUGUGUUAAUCUAGUCCAGAAGACACUUGCACAAGCCAUCCUUCACCAGUCCCAGCCGGACCAGUACGAACCUCCCGAUAAGGACUUCAUGAUUGUGGCUUUAGAUCUUCUCAGUGGGCUAGCUGAGGGCUUAGGCGGUACCAUUGAGCACUUGGUUGCCCGUAGCAACAUUCUCACACUCAUGUACCAGUGUAUGCAGGAUAAAAUGCCAGAGGUUCGUCAAAGUUCUUUUGCUCUGCUAGGAGAUCUGACAAAAGCCUGUUUCCAGCAUGUCAAAUCGUGCAUUGCUGAUUUUAUGCCUAUACUUGGUCGAAACCUAAAUCCAGAAUUGAUUUCUGUUUGCAAUAAUGCAACAUGGGCAAUAGGAGAAAUAUCCAUACAAAUGGGACCUGAAAUGCAGCCAUACAUUGCCAUGGUCCUGCAUCAGCUGGUGGAGAUCAUUAACAGGCCCAAUACUCCAAAGACACUACUGGAAAAUACAGCAAUAACAAUUGGUCGUCUUGGUUACGUUUGUCCUCAAGAGGUGGCACCCAUGCUACAGCAGUUUAUAAGACCCUGGUGUACGUCUUUACGAAAUAUAAGAGACAAUGAGGAGAAGGACUCAGCUUUCAGAGGAAUUUGCACUAUGAUCAGUGUUAACCCAGGAGGUGUUGUUCAGGAUUUUAUAUUUUUCUGUGAUGCUGUGGCUUCCUGGGUAAAUCCUAAAGACGAUCUUCGGGACAUGUUUUAUAAGAUUCUUCAUGGGUUUAAGAACCAGGUCGGAGAAGACAAUUGGAAGCGUUUCUCAGAUCAGUUCCCCAUGCCCCUGAAGGAGCGGCUAGCGACGUUUUAUGGGGUGUAGCUACAAUAGCAGCAUGCUUCAAUCAAAUCAUAAGCCUUUUAACUGAAAAGAAAACAAUUGUUGAGACGCUCUCACGUGUUCUUCUGAGAGAGGGGCUGGUGUGCAUGCUACAGAGAGGACAGGGCCCCAUGAUGAGGUAGAUGAGGAGGGAGGGUUUAGAAGUACCUAUGCUUGGACCGUGUUGGGUUGCACAAUAUGUUUAGGAUUAUUUGAUUUGGAUUAAAACGUGACCAUGGUUUUCCUCACUCAAACAUAAUUAUAUUUUAUUUACAUUUACAACAACUGAAAAAAUGGUAAUUUUAAUUUAAUUUUUUUUUCCCACUAGUAUUCAAAAUUAAUAAUGUGCUACAGCUUUUUUUAACAAGCAUAUUUGUUUAUAGGUAAGCAGCAUGCUCGUUUUAUAUUGGUAGGUUCUACGGGAAUGUCUGUUGAUUUGGACCGCUUCCAUUUCCCUAUGUCCUUGAUUAAGAGAUUGAUGCUAAUCAUUAUAUUGUAGCAAAAAAGGGUUUACAUUCUAAAAUGUGACAGAUUUCUGCUGUGAAGUGUUGAGUGAAUCAUUUGGUUUUAUGGUACAAGUAUCUCCUAUACACAGCUAUAAAGGUGUUCAAUAGAAACUUAAUACUGUCAUACAAGGAAGAGCAUCAUUCUCCAUAUAAAUUAAGAAUACUCUUCAAAUGUUUUCUAUUUUAUUUGGUCUACUUACUGCAAAACGCAUGACUUGAAAGAUGACUGUACAUGUUUUGGUAAUUGUGUUUUGUGGGGUAUCUUUUCUCUUGCAUGUUGGUGGCCCCUCAAAUCCCCACGGGAGGGGAAUAGUCAAGGGAGGGAAACUUCAAAUAUUGAAAAGUACACUGUCCAAAAAUAUGUGUUAAAACUGUGAAACCUCGUCUUUUAUUCUAUUGUAUUUGUAAUUGUAUUUUUUGUUGUAUUUCUUCUGUUUAUGUGGCCUGAAAGUGUUCCAUGAUGAGCAAUGGAGAUAGUUAUGAUCCUCCAGCCUGUGAUAUUUCUCUGCCGGACAGAGUCAUUACUGCCACGUUUAAGGCAGUGUUGAAGUGUAAUAAUAAUGCAUUAUACAGUCUGCACCUUAAGUGCUUCAAAUGUUGUAGCUAACAGUUUGAGAAACCUUUAAGUUUAAGUGAUAAUGUAGAACACAUACAGCCUCAGCUGUCUUCAAUACUCCUUUGUUAGUAAUAUUAAUACAAAGGACAGAACAUCAUGGAAUACAGAGGCAAAUUUAUUUGUAUUUUUGUUUUAAUGGUUUGAUUAUGUCUGUCACAUUCCAGCUGGCAUACAAACACGUUUGGUUCAGUUUAGGUUAUUUGUACAAGCACCAUUUAAGAAUAGCAGGGUUAAACUUAAACUUUUUUCUGAUUUUACGCAGAUUGCUGCAAUAUGCACACUCAGUCAGUUUUUCUCUACUUGAAUAUGUGUUUCUAUGUGUUAACCUCAGGUUGUCCUCAGCAUUCUGGUUUAUUUUAUCCUUUACUUGGUGCCAUCUUUUAGCAGACCUUUUAGUUUAUAAUGAGUAUUUUAUGACUGUGGCAUAUAUUGUAAUUUGCAAACUAAAGGUAACUAAGUAUUAGAAAUAACUGAUCUGUGGUGGGUUAUUUUAAAUGUAAUUACACCUCAACUAAUGGCACUAAAUAAUACUGUUAGAAUGUCCAAUUUAGGUGUUGAUUUGUAUGCAAAUUUAUUCAACUUAAAUAAGCAUAGUAUUUUAUAGAGGUCCAAGUAAGACUGAAAUGUCUAAAAUAAUAUAUGUAUGUUUAAUAUUGAAUAGCCUUGAUUAGAUCACCUGCCUUUUUUUUUCUAUGAAAAAGCCUAAUGUCCUUUUUAUGGACAUAGUUUGUUUUUAAAAAGCUGCUGAAUUUUAAAAACUAAUACUUUGGGGCCACCAAAUAUUUUGGAUCAUGCAAAGAAUCUAUAUUGUAUUGUAGUAAUUUUGUAAUAUUUGUAAUAUGAUGUAGUGGGUGUGACUGGUUACCAUUGCUUGAAGUUUUACAUUGUCAAAUAAACGGUUUACAACAUGAAUAAUCAAGAAAGGCC